AUGCAUGCAGCCGCAGAAAGGCCCCCAGGCAAUAACAGCCCAUUCUGUGAAGGAGUCAACCACCGCACGGCCAUCUGUCCCCCUCUCGGACUCCAGCUAACGGCUUUCUGGAUCACACAAACUUCAACCAUGGCUCCGAUACGCAGCAACACCAGCGGGAUGAAUGGAAGCGACAGCGAAAUACAGUCUGACAGGAAGAUGAGGAAACCUCUCUUGGAAAAGAAGAGAAGAGCUCGCAUUAAUGAAAGCUUACAAGAGCUCAGGGCCCUCAUCGCAGACUCGGACUUCCAGUCGAAGGUGGAGAAUGCUGAAGUUUUGGAGCUGACGGUGAAACAUGUGGAGAGCAUCCUGCAGAACCGAGCCCAAGAGGUGGACGCUCUGAACAGGGAGGCCAAGGAGCGUUUCGCCGCCGGCUACAUCCAGUGCAUGCAUGAUGUGCACACGUUUGUGUCCUGUUGCCCUGGAAUAGACCCCGCCAUUGCGUCUGAGCUGCUGAACCACCUCCUGGAGAGGAUGCCCCUUAGUGACGAGGAGCAUCUUGAUGAAAACAAGCCAGCCUGUAACAGCACUUGGCCCCUCCCUGAGAGUAUGUACACCACAGUGGUGUCCCCGGUCACUUCUAACACCUCCACUGAUGACCUCAGCUCCGACCCGGAUGAGACGGACUCGGAGCAAAACCAAGCUUCCUCCACGGAGGCGGUAGCUCGCCAGCAUGCAUCGUCUGGUGUAACUUCCUCACAGCCAAUGUGGAGACCUUGGUAAAGAAUUUUGAAGAGGCUUGUUUAAACUAGAUGAUUGUUGGUCAUUGUUAGAAUGUACUGACAGGCUUUACUUCACUACAAAACACACCUAAAAAGGCAACACUGUCUCUGACAGUGGUUCUCUUUUUUUUUUCUUUUUUUAAUUAUCACCUUGGUAAUUUCUCCACGCAUCACCCUCUUGUUUAGCUUUUUAACACAGUGACAGAACAGAACUUGGAUCUUUUGAACUUGCUGGGUUGCAUCAUGAACACAAAAUCCUUCUCAUUUAUUGGUAAUGCAUCUUUGGUUGACAAAUGUGUUUUAAAUACAUCCUCGAUUUUCACACGUAAGUUCAAAUUUAAAGUUGAAAGUUGAAAUCCCCAAUGGUAAAGUCAGUGGGCGCCUACAAUCUCCAACCUCACAGUCCAAUAUGGUUGCCCUGACAUUAAAUUUAGGAUGUUUGGCAACUUGAAUGUAAUUAAGCUAAGUCACACACAAUGUUGUACAAUCUUUUUUUAAUUAAUAUAUGGCAAUGUUUUUUUAAUGAAUAACAGCUAAUGUGCUUGCAUUUAGCUUAUAAACAAUUAUUUUUCUUUUUCUAUUUGAAAACCACUAUUGUCAGUCCAACUACCACUAGUCAUACAUGUACCACAGUUUGAAAACCAUAUGUCUAAGACUAUGACUCUUACACCGUUGUGUUGGUGAUUUUGAUGCUCCAUGUAAUUGCACUUCUAUUUAAUUGAAUCGUUGAUUCACAGAGUACUGUAUAAUGUCCAUUUGUGAAUAUUUCCUAUACCAGACUAAUUGCAGUUAGACAUGCAGGCUGAGUCUGGACUUCUAUUGCUAAAAUUAGCUUAUCAUUUAGCACAACAGCUAGCACUGGUUUUCUGACAUCCUACUCUAUCAAUACCUACUAAUUGUGUUGUGUACCAAUAAAUAUUUUCAGUUUAUUCCUAUUUAAUUAAUUGAAUAGGACUUCUUUUUGAAGCGAGAUGAGAUUUAUCAAUGAAACGAAAGAUAACAGAAAUGCUAGGGCAGCAUUUUCAGAGAAUUGCUCAAGCAAAGAUUAAACUCCGUAAUCAGGAAACUGUCAACCGGGAACGAUUGCUCUGGGCUUUCUAAGCAGCAUAAGCAAUGUCUGUGUUGAAACUGUUGGUGACAAAAAAAGCUGAAAACUUGUCAAGUGAUUUAGAAAUUGGCAUUUGACUGGUUUUGGGCAGAGGAGGAACCAAAUCCUCAGCAUCUCCAACAUAUUUUGAAAUGCACCUUUCAACCAGCUAUCUGGUGGAAAUGGUUCAUUAUAAAGGGAAAAAAACACUCAAGGAAUCAAGAUCCCUGUCCUGUUCUGUUCUGUUUUAAAAUUAUUUUAAUGUCAUUACUUUAACAUUUUAUUAAGUCUUUAAAAAAAAAAGAAGCUUGGGAGCCACUUUGGCUAAGACAUAAAGAAGCUCUUUGUAAAAUGUAUCAAAGCUGCAGUUGAAGUAUUUAAUGUUGUAAGAUAUGAUAAUAAUAGUUGCAGAGAUCACUGAUGUGUACAUUAUGCAUUUAAAAGUCUAUAGGUUUACCUUAAUAAGGUGGUGGAUGCAUUUGUAAAUAUGUACUUAUUAACAUUUAGUUGUUCCUCUCCGGAUACAUUGUUAGUUAAAUUAUUUCCGAUUUAGAAAGUCGAGGACUGCUUAUUUAUAGUGCAUUAGUAAGCUACCUUAUCCAGUUUAAACCUUCCAAUAAAAAACUUUUUUUAAACAAA